AGAUGGUUACUAUUCAAUCAGUCUAUCUUUUCAAUCUGAUCCUCCAUCUAUUGGUCUGUGUUUAGGACCAUUGUAUCAUCAAAUACAUGAUCUAUCCUAUGAUUUGAGCCCCAUUAUAUCAUCAAUGAUCUAAGCAAAUAAUGAAAUAAUUCUUAUAUGGAUGGCAUUUGGCAAUUCUUAAUUGUCGUUUUGAUACCUGCUUUGCAUUAUUGUUAUUGCUUUCUACUUUGUACCUAACAUAUUUGUUUCAUUAAAAUGAAUAGAUGGUUUAGGAAAAACUUAGUUUUUUCAUAAUUGAUUUCUAGACUGUUUCUUCGGUCAAUAGUUUUUCUGACUUUGCUUGAAGAGUAUGUCUUUAAAUGCUUUAUUCUUUCCAAUUUUCUGCUCAAUAUAGGUUUUUCCAUUGUGAAGAUAAAUGAAAUUGCCCCCAUUGUAGUGCUCUGCAAGAGCGCUAUAGCCUAUAGGUGCACUAAGAGAACUGAGGGGUUGGACUUUGCAGCCUCAAUCCUUUCCAUUUUAUCAUCUUAUAGUCAACAUGGCAACUUUCGCAUGUAAUGCAGGAAUUCCAAAUAUAAAUUCCAUAUCUUGCCAUAUAAACUGCAUGAUGAUGAUGGUCGAACAGAAUUGAAGCAACAAUACCCAACACUUCAAAUUGCAUACUUACCUAUAGCUCUCUAUAUUUGUAGUGCAGUACAGCAGUCAUCCUAAGAAAUGGUUGAAAUAUGCAUUUGAAACUAGGCCUAUGGCUUAACUAUAUAUUUCAUUAUUCUAGAUGAUGGUCAGACUUUUUAAUAGGAGUCCUUGCUAUAUAGCUUUUCAUUAUGGAUGGUGGUCAGGUUUUUCACCAGUUUAGGGGGAAGUUUUGUUAUGUAAACUUUUGAGACUUUUCUUUUUGGUUUGCCUCCAUUCUGAGUUCUCUGCAAUAUCACCUUGCACUCAUAUACUGCUUUCAUGAUGACAUUUAAAUCAAAGAUUUUGAAGCUACUGGCAUAGGAAGAACUCAGCACUUACUGGAAGAACAGCGGCUGCCUAAGGCUUUAAGCCUGAGUGCUGAACCUUUCGGCCAAAGGCCUGGAUGCUCUUCUUGACUCUUAAAUUAUUUUGAUAAAUUCUAGAGACUCCCUUUAUAUCUAUAGAUGAGAUUCACUUGACUUGCCAGCGUUAUGAAGAAAUGGUUGAAAAUAACUGCAGAAACAUCUGCAGGAGAAGGAACACAAAUAAUGUUGUUUCGGAUUAGCUAUAGCUAUCUGCCAGAACAACGGUAAAAAUGAUCUUUGUUCAAUUACUUCUAGUGUUGCUAGUUUGUUGGGUGGGACGUGAAACGAAAGGAAAUUUAUCAUGCAAGUUCUGCUAGAAUAUGGUGAAACAGUUGCAAAUGCGCAUGUCUUUCUUAACGUUCUUUUUUUCGGGUACAACUUGUCUUUGUAAAAUGCCUACUCGCUAACCAUGUUCAUCAGCAAUAGGCCCGCAGGGUAGCAGGCAUAAGAAGGCCUGACUUGUUGGUUCAUGCAGCAGGUUUGUUUGUUGGAAUCCGAGGUUUAGUUUGGAUAGUUUAUACAGUCAUUUUAAAAGAAAACAUUCAUCUGCUAUGGGUUUAACUAUUAGUACGGGUAAUCACUUUUCUUUUUCUCAUGUUAUAAUUUUCUUUGCAAAAAAGAUUUCUGAAGAAUAGGAACGCUGGGCUCAGACACCAGAUUAAAAAUGGUGGAUUAUAAAGGCGCUAUGCAACAAUGCCUACAUAAUCCAUUAAUGACAAGACCUAAUCGAUUGGAAAGUCAAUGAAUGUAAACAUACUAACAAUUGCGGUGGCAAUCUUGCAAAAGCUUUUAGUUGCUUUUCCUUCGAUCAGAAAAAGAUUUUCCUUUUUCAAGUCUUUUUGUUGCUUCAAAUCUUCUUUUAUGGAUGAUCCAAAACUUGACUCAAAGCUUUUAUUUCUUCAAUUUCUUGCCCAAAAAGUAAACAUGGAAAACAUUGUCUUGUUUGCAACGGGCCAAUGCCUAAAGAGCUAGAUAUGUGGGCCUAAAUACGUGGUGGAAUCUUAUUGGUUUUAACUAGCGAGACUGACGCGGAUGAACAGCGUGAUAUCGAAGCUUUAACAAGUCAAAGUUUGUGCUACAGACGGAAGAAGGUUCCACCCAAAUCCCAACCGCCAAUAACAUCUAUUUACCUUAACGCUUAGGAUUCGUUAUCGAAAAAAUACAAAGUCUUCUCCGGACUCUGCUGGCGCUUUUCUUCUGAUCUUCCGAGGUAAUCUCAUUGCUACAAAAUCUACCGUCUAAUUUCUCUGCUAUAAUUUCCCCAAGCUGCUUCAUCAACCAAUCCAACCUUUUUCCUUUUUGGAUAUAAAUUUGCUUCUUUAAUUACCCUUUUUGUUCUUGAUUCUUGAUCUAUAUUGUUUGUUACUUUUUGAAUUAUUAUUAUUAUUCAAUUUGGAGCAUCAAACCAGGUGAAUAAUACCCAGAUAAUGGAUGAGAUGAAAGAUAAGUGGAAGGGGCUCAUGAAAAAAGUCAACAACCAAUUUUCAUCAUCUUCUUCUUCUUCUGGUAAAUUCAAGGGCCAAGGUAGAGUCCUGGGUUCCUCUUCAUCUGGAUCUGUUAACCCCGUUCUUACCCGUCCCACCCAAUCUCAAACUCCCAAUCCAAAGCCUAACCCUUCUUCAUCCUCUUCGAAUUCUAAGCCUGUUUUGCCUUCAAAACCACCAAAUACUGAUCAAAACAAGCCCAGUUCUAUCAAUAAUCCUGGACCAAUUCGCAAAACGGAAAAUGGGUUUGAUCCUUACGGCUCAUUGAUCACUUCUAGCAAGGUAUCAAAAAAUGCUUUUACCUUAAACGUGUUUGAGUGUCCAAUUUGUGGUGCUUCUUAUAGGUCUGAGGAGGAGGUGUCUAUACAUGUAGAAACUUGUGUUAACACUAAUUCAUUGGAUCGAAAAGGCCUUGAUGGCGAUUCGGGAUCCAGUGAGAAUGAGUUGGAAAAGUCUAGAAGUGAAUUGGAGGCUUUUAUUGGUUCAUUUAUUUCAGGGAAGCCACCAGAAGGGUCAGUUGAUGUGGUUCUCAGGUUGUUGAGGAAUAUAGUUAAGGAACCUGGGAAUGACAAGUUUAGGAAGAUUCGUAUGAGUAAUCCGAAGAUAAGGGAGGCGAUCGGUGAGGUGGCGGGAGGAGUUGAGCUGUUGGAGUUUGUUGGGUUUGAAUUGAAGGAGGAAGGAGGGGAAGUGUGGGCGGUCAUGGAAAUUCCUAGAGAGGAGCAGAUCAGUUUGAUUAAUAAGACAAUAACGUUGUUGGAACCGGGAAAGAUAGAACAACUUAAGAAGAAUGAGAAUAUUGCCCCUGCAGCUCCAGCUGAGAAAGAGGAAAGUGUUGAGCCAAAGAAGAUUGACAGACAGAUCCGGGUCUUCUUCUCUGUACCUGAGAGUGUAGCAGCAAAAAUCGAGCUACCAGAUUCUUUCUAUAACCUAUCGGUUGAAGAGUUAAAGAGAGAAGCAGAUAUGAGAAAGAAAAAGAUUGCAGAAUCCCAACUUUUAAUCCCUAAAUCUUACAAGGAAAAGCAGGCAAAAGCAGCCAGGAGGAGAUAUAGAAGAACAAUAAUUCGCAUCCAGUUUCCUGAUGGAGUUGUGCUUCAAGGUGUUUUUGCUCCUUGGGAGCCAACUAGUGCUCUUUAUGAGUUUGUCAGCUCAGCACUGAAAGAACCCUGCUUGGAGUUUGAACUGUUAGAUCACGUCCCGGUUAAGCGGCAGGUGAUCCCUUCUUUUCCUGUGGCAGGAGAGAAAGCCAGAACGCUAGAGGAAGAGGAUUUGGUCCCUUCAGCACUUAUUAAGUUCAAGCCUAUUGAAACAGAUUCCUUCGUCUUCACAGGGCUUUCUAAUCAACUCCUGGGAAUCAUUGAACCCCUUGUAACCGAUUGAGCAUCUGCUCCAACAGCAUAAGCUUUUAUCUACCUUUUCUCUAUUUCUUGGGAAAACACAGCAUUAAUGAAACUCUAUGCAUUGGUUUUGAAGCUGUCAAUUCUUCAUGUUGUAAUUUGUCACCAAAGCCUGAAUUUUUGUCUCCUUGUACAUUAUUUAAGAAUUGUUAGUCCCUGUGGGAGGCUUGAGUCCACUUGUUUUUUGUUUUCUUUGUGUGGGUUUGAUUCAAAUUUUUUUUCUUAAAAAAUUGGCUCCAAUCA